GAACCCUGUCGGGCAUACGGACACCACCGUCAACGCCGUCCUCAACGUCCUCAAGAUGCCCUUCGUCAAAAAAGUCAAGUCCGACGCAUACUUCUCGCGGUUCCAGGUCAAGUACCGCCGUCGGAGGGAGGGCAAGACUGACUACUAUGCCCGGAAACGCCUCAUCAGUCAGGCGAAGAACAAAUACAAUGCUCCGAAGUACCGGCUGGUAGUCCGGUUUACCAACAAGCAAAUCAUUGUUCAGAUCGUCUACGCCCGCCUGCAGGGAGACUUCGUUCUGACUGCCGCGACUUCGAAGGAGCUGCCCAGAUAUGGCAUCAACCACGGCCUGACCAACUGGACUGCUGCCUACGCAACUGGCCUCCUUUGCGCCCGCCGUGCCCUUACUAAACUUGGCUUGGCUGACAAGUACGAGGGUGUCACGGAACCCGACGGGACCAUUGCUUUGACUGAGACGAUUGAGGGCGAGGACGCUCCUCGGCCAUUCAAGUGUUACCUUGACGUCGGCUUGAAGCGGACAUCGACUGGUUCGCGUGUCUUCGGUGCCCUCAAGGGUGCCAGUGACGGAGGGCUCUACAUUCCUCACUCCGAGAAGCGCUUCCCUGGUUACGACCCAGAGAGCAAGGAGUUGGACGCCGAAGUGCUUAAGAAGUACAUCUUCGGCGGUCACGUUGCCGAGUACAUGGAGAGCUUGGAGGAGGAAGACGAUGAACGCUUCAAGAAGCAGUUCUCCACGUACCUCGCUGAUGGCGUCGGGUCUGAGGAUAUGGAGGAGAUCUACACGAACGCUUACGCUGCCAUCCGGGAAGACCCGUCGUUCAAGCCCACCGAGAAGACAAAGGACUGGAAAGCCGAGUCUCUCAAAUACAAGCAGCACCGUCUUACGCUCGAGCAGCGCAAGGAGCGUAUACAGUCCAAGAUCGAGGCCUUCCAGGCAAACGGUGGUGCAGCUGCCGAGGAGGACGAAGAGGAUGAGGAGUAGAUGUUUGUUGUCGCGGUUCAUGUAUCAUCUUUGCACAUGCUUCUAUGGCCCCAAAAGCUUUCUUAGGCUAUGCCUAUGCUAUCAGUCCUACCUUACCGAUACUCGCUGAAAGCAAUAGCUUGAGCUUGGGAUUUCGCGAUGCCCUCGUUGUCAUCGACCAUUACACGAUCAUAAUGAGAGGAUGAGUUCCUCACCCGA